CUUUGCAUCAAACCCUGUAGAGCUCUGCAACUUGACGAGAGUGGCUCUGGCUGGGAGCAGGGGAGGGAUCUGAAGGUCACAGGAAGCUUUUUUAGGAUUGCAACUUCGCGUAGAAGCACUAGCAGGCUGCUAUAUUCAUUUCAUUGCUCUCAUAUCGACUGAAAUGGCUGAUGGACAUGAAACUGACAAGAACAUCGAGAUAUGGAAGGUCAAGAAAUUGAUAAAGGCACUUGAAUCUGCAAGAGGCAAUGGAACCAGCAUGAUUUCUCUGAUCAUGCCUCCUCGUGAUCAGAUUUCUCGGGUCACAAAGAUGUUAGGUGAUGAAUUUGGAACUGCUUCAAACAUCAAAAGUAGGGUUAACCGUCAGUCGGUGUUGGGUGCUAUAACAUCUGCCCAGCAGAGGCUGAAGCUUUACAAUAAGGUUCCUCCUAAUGGACUGGUGCUUUAUACUGGAACUAUUGUGACAGAAGAUGGGAAGGAAAAGAAGGUGACUAUUGAUUUUGAACCUUUCAAGCCUAUCAAUGCAUCACUGUACCUCUGCGAUAACAAGUUCCAUACAGAGGCUUUAAAUGAACUCCUAGAAUCUGAUGAUAAGUUCGGCUUUAUUGUCAUGGAUGGUAAUGGGACCCUUUUUGGGACAUUAAGUGGAAACACACGGGAGGUGCUUCACAAAUUCACAGUUGAUCUUCCAAAGAAACAUGGAAGAGGAGGGCAAUCUGCUCUUCGAUUUGCCCGUCUUCGAAUGGAGAAACGUCACAAUUAUGUGAGAAAGACAGCUGAGCUUGCCACACAAUUCUUUAUCAAUCCUGCCACAAGUCAACCUAAUGUUUCUGGUUUAAUACUUGCUGGGUCUGCUGACUUUAAGACAGAACUGAGCCAGUCUGAUAUGUUUGAUCCCCGUCUCCAGGCCAAGAUCCUGAAUGUUGUUGAUGUUUCUUAUGGAGGGGAGAAUGGUUUUAAUCAGGCUAUUGAACUUUCUGCAGAGAUUCUGUCAAAUGUUAAAUUCAUACAAGAGAAGAAAUUGAUUGGGAAGUAUUUUGAGGAGAUAAGCCAGGACACUGGGAAGUAUGUAUUUGGUGUGGAUGAUACUCUGAAGGCUCUGGAGAUGGGUGCUGUUGAGACACUUAUCGUUUGGGAAAAUCUUGAUAUUAACAGGUACACACUGAAAAAUAGCACUACGGGUGAAAUUGUCAUAAAGCACUUGAACAAGGAUCAGGAAGCUGAUCAGAGCAACUUCCGGGAUUCAGACACUGCGGCAGAAUUGGAGGUCCAGGAGAAGUUGUCUCUGCUUGAGUGGUUUGCUAAUGAAUACAGAAACUUUGGCUGCACCCUUGAGUUUGUCACUAAUAAAUCCCAAGAAGGCUCACAGUUCUGCAGAGGUUUUGGUGGUAUUGGUGGCAUACUCCGUUACCAGCUUGAUAUCAGGUCCUUUGAUGAGGUUUCUGACGAUGGAGAAGCAUAUGAAGAUUCUGACUAGCAAUCAAUCAAACCCAAUUCAAAGACUGGUGCAGAAGGGUUGUGUAAAAGAACCUGCACCAGGUCGGCGCGUCAGGCGCUUGCUGCUGCUGCUGCUCUGAUCAUUGUGAGAGGCUUUGUGGAGUAUUUAGUAAGGGGAUUUGGUGGAGCAGCUGGAUGGAAUUACUGGACGGACGGAAGCUUCUCUCUUGGCAGUAGGGGAGGAUGGUCCAAAGCAUGCUUUUGAUUUUUCUGGCGACUUGGUUGUUGAUGGGGUCAUGAACUCAUGAUUACUCGACAGAUGCAUGCAUUGACAUUUCAAAAUCUUAUUUUUGAAUUGUCUAGUUAGAUGAUGGUA